AUUUCUUCAGAGCUGUUGUUGCAGCCAAGUGGUUUAACCCAACAUCUACCCAAGCUAUGAAAUUUGUUAAAAACUUUUCAUCGUUUUCUCUUUCACGGAGCCCAUAUCAGGGAAGCCGAGUGGCAGCCCAACAGCGCGGCUAUUCGUCGGCAAAACACCUUGCAACUUUCUCCUACAGCCGGCAGAGCCCAGCAUCAUUGAACAGCACAACUUUGGGGAACUCAAGAUACACAUCGCAUCGCCUGGCACGGGCUUUUGCAACUAUGCCGAACCGCAACAGUAAGAGCGACAGGAGUGCUGGAAAUCCCGAAGGAACUAUCACAACAUCUAUAACCAUACUCCCAUCCAAAAACCCCGUUGCAACUAUCACAAUAUCACGGCCGGCCAAACUCAACGCCCUGAACAGCCACCUCCUGACAUCACUCCCGUCUAUGAUCCAAACACUCACCUCCACCCACCCCAAUCUGCUCGCCGUAGUCCUCACCGGCGCAGGCCCUAAAUCCUUCAUAGGCGGUGCCGAUAUCGCCGAGAUGGCCGCCAUCUCCCCAAGCCCGGCCGCUGCUAGGGUAUUUAUUCAGAAAGUCCACGCGGCAUGCAAGAGCAUCCGCGACUGCCCUGUGCCCGUCAUCGGGCGCAUUAAUGGGCUUGCGCUGGGCGCCGGCUUGGAGAUUGCUGCGUCCUGUGACAUUCGCGUGGCGAGUAGCAAUGCGCUGUUGGGCAUGCCCGAAACUCGUAUGGGCGUGCCGAGUGUUGUGGAAGCUGCGUUGCUGCCCGGAUUGAUUGGAUGGGGGCGGACGAGGAGGAUGUUAUUGCUUGGGGAGACGAUAGGUGCACGGGAGGCGCUGGAAUGGGGGUUGGUGGAAAAGGUGGUGGAGCCGGAGGAGUUGGAUGAGGCGGUGGCGGUAUGGGUUGACAGCCUGGAGAAGAGUGGGAUUGCAGCGGUGAGGAAUCAGAAGGAGUUAAUUGGGAAGUGGGAGCGGAUGGGAGUGAAUGAGGCUAUCGAGGCUGGCAUUGAUCAUUUUGGGCGUGCCUUCGAAGCAGAUGGGAAGGGUGUUGGCGGAGAGGAAGGGUCAGAGACGGAGCCAGGGAGGAUGAUGGGAGAGUUUCUAAGGAGAAAGAGAGGGACUAAAUUAUGAUUUUAGAGUGCGAUGCUAUAUCAAAUGAAAAUGACACUCCACAGAUCUCCAGAUCCCUUAACUCUUCUCUGACUUGUUGAAGUCAGUCAAUCCAUCGUGGCCCGAAGACAUGUCACCAAUCAGGGAAAAAGCUCUAAUGAGACAUGAUUGCCUUUGUUUAAAACUUUUCCAAUACGGACAGGCAGUUAACUUGAAUCAAUCUAUACAGCACAGUCUCUCGUCUUGAGGGGACGAACGGCAAACUGUAAUAAUUCUAUCUAUCAAGUACAUUUAAGCUGGGUUAGACAUUCUCAAUCGACUAUUCAAAAGGGGAUUUACCCGCAUUGGGUACUCGAGUUGUGACACCCUGUUUCCAUGUAUGCGUCUCGAGUUGCACCGACGGAUACCUUUAUCCAUUGUGGAUAUAGUUCCUUGAGAGAAUUGGGGGAGAGGGGUUGGGGGGAUACAGGUGCCGUGCAAGCAAGGCGGUGUCGAAUUUGGUUGCCAUUGUAUGGUAUGCUGAUGAGUUUCUUGAAAUGGAGUGAAGAACAGGAUGAAACGAAGAAGAAACAAUAUUCUUGUUUUCUUUUCCAGCUUCCUGUGGUUGCAUUUUCUCCCCCUUUAAUAACGAUCGUGCACCUAGCAGAAACAGAAUCUGGCCUAUGUCCGUUUCUUUCUAUCAUUCUAAUGUUGCACUGAAAUGAUUGACAAAAGAAAUUUUUGUAAGAGAUUGGUUGUUCAGAUAAUGGCCAUUGCCUG